AUGACUUCCUCGGACUCGAAGCCGUAUAUCAUACAAUGGCUGCUCGAUACAAGGCUAUUGUGGCCUGUCCAUCGCAAUGAUAAGCCUAGAGAGGAGGUCGCAGAACUGAGGACAGUUGCUUCUCGAGCUCUGGCCCUCCUCUCUGAUUCCGAGCAAGAAUCGAUACUGAAAUAUUAUCAUGCCAAAGAUGCGAAAAUGAGCUUAGCCUCCCACCUCCUCAAGCACCUUGUUAUUGCGAAAUAUUGCAAUGUGCCUUGGUCGAAGAGCACAAUUUCGCGAGAGGCGAAUGGAAAGCCUUGUUAUCUCUCUACCGCCGAUCAACCUCGAAUCGAAUUCAAUGUAAGUCAUCAGGCCGGGCUUGUCACAUUAAUUGCUGUGAUUGGGGGUGAUGGAACAAUCAAUGUUGGAACGGAUAUAGUGUGCGCCAACGAACGACUGUCGCAUGACUAUAAAUAUAUCGAGAAGAGUGGGUUCUUUGAUUGGGUCGAUAUGCAUGGAGAUGUUUUUGCAGAUUCAGAGAUCAAUAAUAUGAAGCUUUCGUCGCUUGGACUCGACGAAAUCGUGCCCGGCAAGAAGCUUCAACGAUACGGUAACGAUGCGCUUUCGAGAUGCCAGUGGAGAAAUAGACAAUUGGAUCUUGUUGUUCUGGGCAAUGAAGAAAAGGCUGAACAAUUGAGGAUUGAUAGUAACAAGGUCAUUGAUGCGAAGCUUAGACGAUUUUAUGCCAUGUGGUGUCUUCGAGAAACCUAUGUAAAAAUGACAGGAGAAGCUUUGCUUGCUCCAUGGCUCAAGGAGUUAGAGAUUUGUGGUGUUCGGAGUCCAACUCCGCCCAUGGUCCAGGAUCCCAAUUCGCUUGAAAGAGGAGAGAUAACGAACAACUAUCAUAUCAUGUUCAAAGGCCAAGAAGUUACGGAUGUACAGAUGGAAUUGGCUGCGUUGGGUCCACAUUAUAUGGUGGGUAGUGCUGUAAGGGCGACAAAGGACAUAAACCUAGAAUUGGGCCCAUGGAAAGAACUCAAUCUCGAAAUGGAUGUUUUAGAGAUUGCGGAGUCCAAGUCCUAA